AUGGCGGUGCACAUGCGCAUGGGCUUGGCUGACUUGGGGGCCGAACUGCGGCGCGCGGGCCUCUCCCCCGCUGCAGUGUCGGCGGUGGCGUCCCACCUGCCCGGAUGGCCCAGCUUGUCGCGCGACCCCGAGGGCUUCCGGCGCCGCUUGGACGCUCUGGUGGCGCUGGCGGGUGGCGAUGCGGCCCUGGCCAGCGAGGCGCUUGCGCGCGAACCGCGGCUGCUGACGCGCGUGCCCGGCGCGCUGCGCCAUGAGGCGGCACGCCUCCAGGAGCUGCUGGGCAUUGAUGCGGCGCAGAUGGCGCGCGUCGUGGCAGGCGCGCCGCAGGCACUGAUGACACUUGGACGAGCUGGCGUGGCUGCGCGGCUCGACGGGUUGCAGGCCGUGCUCGCGGGCAGCGGCUCUGGAGCCCAUGUUGACAUUGGGGGCAGCAGUGACGCUGGGAGCAGCGGCAGCCGCGGCGCCGGCAACGGACCCCAUCCGCUGGGGCUGCUCGUCGGCCGGGCGCCUGCACUGCUGCUCCUGACCCCCGCGACGCUGCAGCAGCGCCUGGCAGGGAUCACAGCGGCGCUGCAGUCCUUGGCGGCAGCAAGCGACAGCAGCAGCAGCAGCAGCAGCAGCAGCAGCAGCAGCAGCAGCAGCAGCAGCAGCAGCAGCAGCAGCGGUGGAAGCCGCGCUGGUGGUGUGCCGCCGCUGCAAGCAGCGGAGGCGCCUCAGUGCGCGGCUCGCCUAGCGUCCGAGCGCCCCGAGCUGCUUUUUGUCAGCACCCAGGCGCUGGCAGCGCGCGCUGCUGAGCUCCGGCGCCUGCUGGGGCCCGGCCCUGCGGCCUCCCUGGUUUCGCCGGACCUGGUGGCCCUGCUUGUGCCGCUGCUGCUGGUCCGCAGCGAACACGUGAGACGGCACCACGAGUCGCUGCGCACGAUGCUGCCCGGGCUGCCGCUGCGGCAGUUGCUGGUCCUGCUGGGCCGCAGCCAGCUGCGGUGGGAGCAGCUGGACUACCUGCGCCACGCCCGCAUCGUGCCGGCUUGGGGCGCACACCACCCGCAGCAAGCCGGCGCCGUCGGGGCUAGCAGCAGUGGCGGCGGUAGUGGCGGCGGCAGUGGCGGCUUUGACGGGGAGUUGUUGGCUGUUGCCAGCGGCAGGGGUGGUGGCAACGACGGCAGGAUUGCUGCCGGCGGCACUGGCGAAGGCUCUUUCGAUGUUCACCUGCAGGCGGGGCGGCUGGCGCUGCUCCAGGACCAGGGUCUGUUUGCUCAGCUGCACCCGGACUUUCGUGCCUGGCAGGGCCUGCGCGGAGUGGCGCACGCGGCGCCGGGGGACUGGGGGUGGCGUGCUGAGUUUGACCGCGAGCUGGUGGGGCCGGCGCUGGCUGAGUGGCUGGCCGGCAUGCGUGGCAAGUGGGCGCGCCUGCUCGUCUGCCGCGCGCACUCCUUGUCGCCAGCCGGCAUCAGCAGCACCAAGGCGGCGCGGCGGCGCAAGGCGCAGCAGCAGCGGCAGCGAGCUGCUGCUGUGGCCGUCAAAGGCGCGGAUGCAGACGACGAUGCCCCUCAGCCCUUCCCCAGCCUGCGCCGUCUGCAGGCGAUGAGCGACGCCGAGUUUGCGGCGUUUUCCAAGGGCCUGGGCGCCCACGGGCUGGGGCCGCCGCUGCCCGCGCUGCCGGACCAGGACGCGCUGGCCCUGGUGGCGCGCAGUAAUGCCGCGCUGCAGCAGCGGCUGGCGGCGUACGCAGCCGCGUGGCAGGCGCUGCAGCACGAGGCGGAGGGCUGCCCAGAGUGGCAGCAGCAGCUGGCAGAGUGGCUGCAGCGCCUGCCCGCCGCCCUGGCGGACGAGGGGGCGCAGCAGCUCCUCGGCAGUGCCCAACGCAGCGGCGGCAAGCCCUGGGUCCCUGAGGGCCGCGAGUUGCAAGAAGGCGGAGCGGCGGCCGGCGGGAAGGGCGGCAGCAGAGACGCCUUGGUUGGUAGGCGGGCAGCCAGCGGGGAGGCGCGCUCGACUGGGUGGUGGGAUCGCCUCGCCUCUGACAGCGAGGAGCGCGACCGUUUGCUGCAGCGGCUGCGCUUUCUGCGCCGCGCGGGGGUGCCGCCCGCCGCCGGCGGCCCCGGCGACCUGUGGCGCGCCCUCUGCUCCCGCGAGGCGGCCUUUGCCACCGCGCACCGCGGCUACCCGUCCUGGGCGGCGGUGGCGGGGGUGGCGCGCGGGCGGCCCCCCUGGGAGGCGGAGCUGCUCACGUCCCCGGAGCUGGCGGGGCGCCAGCUGGCCGCGUGGCUGCGCACCCUGGCGGCGCAAGGGCUGCCCCGGCUGCAGUUCCUCACGUUGGCAGACGGCGGGGACGCCUGGCGGGCUGUGGGGCUGCACGAGGCGGUGGCCAUGGACGAGGACGGCUUUGCAGACCUGUUCCCGGCCUACCGCUACGGCGCAUGGCGCCUGCUGCUCGCUGACGGCGCGGCGCCGCUUGCGAGCGGGGAUGGCCCAGCCGGCGCCAUCGCGACAGAGGGGCGUGCCGGCGCUGAUGCUGCGUGUGACAGAGCGCCAAAGGGUGGCGCUGGUGGCGAGGCGCCCGGCAGCAUCAGGGGCGCCAAAAGGGCCACCCAGACCAGCCGGAGCAGUGACAGCAUCACGCCAGCCAGCAUGGCCAGGUCAGGAGGCCGCCAGACAAAGGUCAACGCGCCCGGCGGCGGUGAUGCCGAAACCCCCGCGCCAUCGGCCGCCCAGGGGCUGACCGCAGCCGCCGCCGCAGCUGCAGCCGCACCUGGGGGCGCGGCGCUGUCCUCCCGCUCCGCGGCGCAGCAGCUAGCCAGGGCGUCAGCGCUCAUGGAGGUGACUGAGCGCUGCGGCCCCUGGCGCACCGAGGCGCAGGGCUGGGACAGCGGCACUUGGCGGCGCGUGCUGCGCGCGCUGAACGCUCCUGGCUGCCUGGAUCGCGCCGAGUAUGUCCUGGCCACAGCCGGCGAGGGCGGUGGCAGCGACGCGCAGUUGCCCCCCCUGGCCACCCUGCUGACGCAAGGCCGCCGCACGUUUCAGGCCGCACACUCACUGUUUGGCUUGUGGUGCGGCCUGAGGUCAGCACUGGCGAGCGUGCCGUCGUGGCAGGCAGAGAUGGCGGCCUGGGGGCCGCAGCGGCUGAGGAGCACCCUGGAAGCUGGGCUAGAGGCAGCAGUUGAAGACAGCAGCAGCACUGGCUGCAGCAGCAGCGACGGCCAAGUCACUGCGCCAAGAGACGUUCCAGGGGGCAUGGGAGAGGCUGGUGUGGGUGCUGAUGCAGGUGCCCAGCACAUUCAGCGCGCGGCAGCAGGUCAUAUUAACAGCAGCGGCAGCAGCACCAGCAGCACCAGCAGCAGCAGCAGCAGCAGCAGCAGCACCAGCACCAGCAGCGGCAGCGGCAGCAGCGGCGGCGGCGGCGGCAGCAGCAGCAGCGGCGGCGACGGCAGCAGCAGCGCAAGCAGCGACGCUGCGACCAGCAGCGCCACUGUCAGGGGGGACAAGCAGGAAGGCGGGACCACCGCCUCUGGGGCGGUGGCCUCCGACCCGCGGGUGGCGGAGGUGCUGCGCCGCGUACGCUUCCUCACAGCGUCUCGGCGGUGGCGCUCCUACGAAGGCGGCCUGGCGGAGGCGCUGGUGCAGCCGAGGGCCGCGUUCCUGGCACGCUGGCCGGUCUUCGACCCCGAUGCAGCCCGGCGCGCAAAGGAGGCCGCAAAGCAAGCCCAGCUUGCCGAGGCUGCGCGCCUGGAGGCGGCAUGGGUGGGGCCGCAGCACCUGGCGCCAGGGACGUACGAAGCGCUGCGGCCCCGCGCGCGCGCAGCGGCCGACAGCGGGCGGCUGGCUGAGCUGCAGCGCCUGGCGCACACCUCGCCAGACUCUUGGGAGCGGGUGCUGCGCAGGUACCGCCCGCGCAGCCUCGAGUUCCUGCUGCUGGCCUCGGACGACCACAUGGAGCUGCUGCGCUACGCCGCAGAGUGCGUGGCUGGCCGCGGCUGGGUGGCCUGGGUUUUGCUGGUGCCCUGCGAUGCAGCCUACCACUCCUUGCUGAAACGGUAG